AUUCGUUACAGUCUCGCUUCAUCGCAACCGUCUUGUCGCACUGGGGUGACGACCUCACAUUACACCUGCGCCUGUGAAUCAGUGGCACAGAGAAAACAAUGUGAUAUAAAGGCCAACCCUCAUCCUCAUUCUAUCUCAACUCAAACCUUAACUCACCUUCAACACCAACAUCAUCAUGAUCGACAACAAAGAAAUCGUUCUCAUCACUGGUGCCAACACCGGCAUCGGCUUUGAGACUGUCAAAGCCCUUUUCGCUUCUUCCAAGCCUUACCAUAUUAUCCUCGGAAGCCGUGAUCCUGCCAAAGGAGAGAAGGCUGUCGCUGAAUUAGAGUGCGAAUGUCCUAGUUCCAAGAGCAGUUUGGACGUUGUUCAGAUUGACAUCACUGAUGAUGAAGCUAUCGAGAGGCUUUUCGAACAUGUGAAGGAAAAGUUUGGAAGAGUUGACAUUCUCGUUAACAACGCUGGCGCAAACUUUGAUGCUUUCAAUGACGCCAGCGAUCCGAAGAAAGCUCGCGAGCUUUUCAACAAGUCCUACGAUGUCAACGUAUCAAGCACGCAAGUCAUGACUUCGGCUUUCGCUCCUCUCCUCAUUGCCUCGAAAUCCCCGCGCCUCCUCUUCUUGACCUCUGGCCUUGCGACCCUCGAAGGCGCACACAAGUCAUACCUAACCAAGCUCGCCGGCGACGUUCCCCGUGGCUGGCCCAAGGAGGGAAUCCGUACAGCUGUGGCUUAUCGAUCAUCCAAGACCGCGCUCAACAUGAUGAUGCUUUCAUGGCAUCAUCUUCUCAAGGGUGAUGGUGUCAAAGUCUGGUCAAUCAGUCCUGGCUUUUUGGCAACGAGCCUUGGAGGAAAGCCUGAAGUGCUGAAGAAGGCUGGAGCUGGUGACCCAGCAACUGGUGCGGAGCUCAUCAAGAACGUUAUUGAGGGUAAGAGGGAUGAAGAUGUUGGAAAGGUUAUCGGACAGCCUGAAUGGGUCGGGGAGACUGGAAUCCAGGCAUGCUCAGCCGUUGUGUCAUUCGCUGGCAGUUUGUGGAGGGAUGUUCCAUCUAUGAUUGCUGCAGGAUCACAGUGCGAGAUUUUCAACUCCCGGAACCCUUUCGGGCCCGGCAUCGCAACCCCUGAUCCACAAAGUGACGUCGGCAGUGUCGCGGAGUGCGUUGCGUACUCCGGACGCGUCUCCACAGCCUCCGACUUUCUGACUCCAAUUCAUUGA